GGUCCGUUUCAAAUGUAGUGAUGUUGCUCUGGGCGAAGGAAGUACCGCUGAUUAUUAUUAGUAGUUGGCACGGUUUCUUCGUUAUUCGUUGGUCGAAAAUUGCAGUUUGAGCAAAAUUUCUGAGCAGAAAACAGAAUCCUUGGACGGAAUCCGGUCGAAGUUCUGUUGGCAUCCGUCGUGGCACGGGAAAACCGCGACGCGUUAGAUGUUUUGAAUUUGGAUUUUCUGGAUUGUGAUUGUGAUUGUGACAGUAGCAGAGGCGAACGAACGGAAGUGACAGAAAGUUGCAAAUUUUUCUGCUGGAAGCUGUGUGGAAAAAUUUGAAGAAGAUCGAGACGGUAUAAAAAAGUGCACUUUUGUGUCGUGGUAUGUAUUUCAAGUGUAGUGAUAGAACUUCCUGAUGUCAGUUUUAGUGGAAUUUUAGCCUUCUGGAAGGUUGAUUUGAGUUUUCUUCAGCACAAAACGGAUACAAUUACGAACAGUUGGCUUCGUGGCACAGGCGAAUAUAUGCUCUAGAUACGGUGGCGUUGCUAUCUCCGAUUGACAUUGCGAGCAUAGACAACGGCCGGCGGAAGGCAGGCAGCAGAAGAGGGAUUGCUGCACCGUGCACUAAUCCACCAAGUUCGUCUGCUGAUUCGUGUCGCCCCAAGCCGGAGGGCGGAUAGCUUGCACUCAGCAGUCUGUAGGUAACGCUACAAGCAGCAACAGCAUCAGCAGAGCUCUAAACUGAGAAUGUUCAAUUAUAGACAAUGUGUGACUGGCAGUCAACGGCAGCAACGCCGACAGUAGAAGCAGUGCUCGAAAUCCAUCCGCAGAAGUAGGAGGAUUGCUGGAGGUCUGGAUUCCUAGUGUACUUGGACCGAAAUCGGAUGUAUGGAAUUGGAAGUGCGAAAAAAAAGAAGAAAGAACAAAGUUGGCGAGUUGUCAAAAUACAGUGCUUGUGGGAUUUCUCUGCAUUAUUUAUUAUUUAUGUUUUGAGAGUGUUUUGAAAGUGUAGCACCAGCAGUUUUGCUUAUGUUGGAGUACCAACUAGUUUAGAGUGAAAAUUGGAUCGAAUGAAGUGUGCAAAAAAAUUGAUUAGUGGCGCGAUUUGAAGUGAUUCAAGUGCGAAGAGUGUGUUGAACGUGAUUUGAAUUUUUCAUUAGUCCAAUCGAGAAUGGUGCUUCCCGUCUAUUUGCAUUGAGCAAAGUGGGGCGAUAAAUUUCGGAUCGUAUUCUUGAAGACGAGAUUUUCCGGUGUGUGUGGUGGUGAGUGCUUUUAGGGCCCUGCCUAGAUAGAUUGUCUUGAAUCAGUGCCAAAUCCUAGUGGAAACAAAGUUGCAGUGCACCACAACGAGCAGAUCAGAUCAGCAGCGCAUCCGGUAGACCGCGGACGACGGAGUACAAGGGGGGCAGGCUUCUAUCCGGAGUCCUCGUGCGGAAUAUGGAUAGAAGUGUAGAUUCUAUUGGUAGUUGUUCACUCGAUGUAGAUGCCGAUUCGACGGACUUUUCAGACACAUCAGGAGAGCUAAACUUUCUGACACCCAACUCGGCCAAGGAUAUCCAGCGUGAGUUCACCGCCGGAAUUAAGGAACGUUGCAAACUGCCAUUGAUCAACUGCCAAGCAGUGACGACCGUGCUGGAUCCAGUAACAGGAAACAUUAGUACCGUUCUCACGACGACGUCCCCGCAGGCAGAGACGGCCACCACGGCGGUCGCCAGCAAGAAGCCCAGCUAUCUGAAUCUGGCCUGCUGCGUGAAUGGUUACUCGAAUCUGACGACCUAUGAUUCGAAGCUGAGGCAGGACAUCAACAAGUCACGGGAAGUUUCGCCGAAUCGACCGAUCAUUGCCACGCUGCACUACAACCGGUCCGAGGGUGGUAAUUUUCAGCUGACUGCACCCACGCUCAGCUACAUUAGUAUGAACAAUAGCAUCAACAACAACAUCAGCAACGGUGGUAGCAAAUUCGGCGCAAUGCUGAACGGAGCUGGACGGUUCGCGAAUGGCGGCGGUGCUGCCACCGCCGGUCAGGAUGUGACGGAUAAUGCCAUGUUCAAUGGGAACGGGUUUGGUGGCGGGGGGCUGAGGACCAAAGUGAUUUCAUCGCAGUCCCAAAUUAGCAGCGUGAAGGAGACCGAAAAAGUAGUGAAGAAGAGUUUCAUACAGCAGCGCGUUGAAAAGCUGUACGGUAACGCGGAAGGUGUCGUGAUUAAUAAGCAAAUUUACAACAGCAAUGAGAGGAAAUAUUUGAACAACAUUGCCAACGAAAAUGUGAGCAAAAACUACACCAAUGCUUUGCAUUUCAAUGGGAACGGAAAUGUGGCCACCAAUGGUGGCACUCAGCUCAGCACUGCCGGUGCCGGAGGCGGCGGGGUCGGUUUCUGCGGCGGUGGAACAAAAGAGAACCUCGACGAAAACAAUAAAGAAAUCGCCGAUGAUCCAGAUAUGGAAGCGCUACCAGUGAUGAGGCAUUUACGGCCCGAGUUUCGGGCGCAGCUGCAAAUUUUUUCUCCCAAGAAAAUUCCCAAGACAUCACCGAGCCGGAGCGUUGUCACUACGGCCGGUAGCGGCGCUGUCAGCCUGAAUGGCAACGUCAAAAACAACAAUCACAUAAUCUCCAACGGGGAUCUAAGUCACCAUCAUCAUCAUCACUCGCAUUUGGCCAACGGCAAAGUCACAUCAAACGGAACGACCACAUCGCUAUCGUCGGCAUCUUCGGCCCUAUCGUCAUCGUCGUCGUCGUUAGUGGAAUCAAAGAGAGAGCAACGCAGCACCACAGUGACAACCAUCAAUACUACUACUACCACAGCGAGCUGUGAAUCCCGAUCGGGAUCUUUGGUGAAUUCUUUAUCAGUGGUCACUUCGGUUGAACCGGUGACGUCUGGUGACAACAACAGUAGUGACGCAAGCGUCCCCUAUAACAAUAAUAGUAGUACGCAAGAAUCUCGAUCGGAUGCGGCGGCAGUAGUAAUCGAGCAAGCAUCAGUCGAACAGCAGCCUAUUAUCGGUGCAGAACAACAAAAGAUGAAGUUGAGUGAACCGACGACGGUCGUUAACGGAGGUGAUGGUGGCGAUUGCCCCACGUCCACGACGGUGUUCCGAAAUGGUACCAGCAGGAAGAAUGGCCACCACCACAUGGUGGAGGACGAUAAGGAAAAUGCAAACGGUGACCUGUUGUUGGAAGUGACGCCGAUGGCCAAGACGCAGCUAAAGGAUGGAAACUACUUUCUACAGGUGCUCAAGAAUGAACAAAAUCGGCUACUCACAAUGGCAGCCGACAUUGACAGGGAUGUUGAACAGUUGAAGAUUGAUGGCGUGGAGAUCAGCGAGGAAGUUGCCGGCUAUGUGCUGGCGGCCGCUGGCAAGGCACGGCUCCUAAGUACCAAGAAAAUGAAGCAGUUUGAAGGUCUAUGUUACAACAAUCUCAACCAAUCACCGGACGAAAAGUUCCAAACGACGAACGAAGAUCUGCGCGGUUUCUGGGACAUGGUGAUGCUGCAGGUUAAUGAUAUCGAUGCGUCCUUCGAAGAGAUCGAUUCCUUCCGGAGGAACGGGUGGAACAAACCGGAACCCAAAAGUCCCACCCCUCAGGUACGUAGCACCGCUCGGAGUACGAAGCUGACGAAACGGCCCUACAAGACCCCUGCCAACGGGACAAGCAACGGAACCACCGCGGACAGUACGGCAGCCGAUGCGAAAAAAGCUUCAGCUGCCGCUGCCGCUGCCAGGCGGGAAGCCCAGCGGAAACAGCUAAUGGAGCUUAAGCGGAAGCAGAAACUCGCCAACAGCCAGCAAAACGUUGAGAUAUUUGUUCCGGAAACCAAUGGCAAAACGGCGGUGACAUUUGCGGACACGAAUGGCGCUCCACCAGUGGAUGCGAGUUGAUCCCGUCCGCUUCCAGCCGCCGCUCAACACUAACUGGGCUCAACCGGACAGUCACCGGAUGUUGCGUAAUUUUUUUUUGUAUUACAACUUUUUUUUUUGGUCAUUCGUAGAUUACGCGCUAAAUCACAUACACCACAUAAGGGACACAUUCACUCAUUCAAACGCAUUACCUAUAGGGAGACAUGAUUGGACUGACUGAUUAAAUAGACGACGAUGAGAGGGAGAGCGAGAGUGAUAAUGACAUGAUUUGCACUUGAGUGGAUGGGAAUUUUAUGGAAGGUAUUGUAUGAUUGCAGGACGAAAACGGAAAGAGUGAACUUGUCGAUAGAUAAAAUGAUGAUAAACCCGUAACUGAAAUGCAUCAAUUGUGAUUUUACGAGAAAUGACAAAUUUUUUAUACGUUGAAUAUACUUAUUAUUAGUUAGAGGGUAAUCGAUUAAACAAUAAACAAUGCGAAGAAAUUAAGGAGACAUAUUUAUUUAGUUGUAAGAGUCACGAAAUAUAACAUAUAAAUAAAGUAGACAAAAUUCACGUUUUUGCGAUAUAGGAAAAUCUGUGUGCGAAGGCAAUUGCCUUUCUAUUUUUGGAUAUUUUUCUAUUAUCUUUUCGCUGAACGAUAUUCUACAUCGAAAGGAAUGUGAGAAGCGUGAAUUUGCUAAAUUUCCACGUGGUAUUUUGGAAGGGCCGGAAGAUGCGAAAUUUACUUUGGCUUCGUUAGAGAUUAGUUUGUAAGCAAGAUUACGAUUACCGAUCACCUUCACUAAUACCUAUUAGGUACAUAUCUACUAUUUAUAUACUAUUACUACUAUUAGCGAGUAGUGAAGCAAAUGAUGGUUAAUAAACUUUCACACCGACACAGUUUUGGCAAGGUUGGUAUUAUUUUUUGUGCGGCAGAGUUAUCGAACUGGUUCGCCAAUCAUGGAAGUAACUAAAGCAGUGACAUAUUUUCAUCCUUGAAUCGUGAAACUGAUAUGUCGAAACACGCCGUUGAACAAUUUUGUGAGUUAAGUUUUCCGUAUUUUCUUUUCCCAAUUAUUCUACUUUGUUGAUUUCCUACCUGGUCUCGGCAUUUUUCCACCAGUGAUAGCUUUUUAGAAUCCACCGAACAAGUUUGUCGAAUCCUAAGCAUUCCUACUAUUACUUUGGCUUAAAUCCGUUUCCAUCACACCAAUAUAUGAGUGCCUUUUGAUCGUUGAUCGCGUACAAAGUAGUACAAAGCGUAGGUGUUUAGUUGUGUUAGGUUUUUGUUUGCUUAUGUUUGAUUAUUGUGCCGUUCGUUCUAAAUUUGGUUUGGAAAAAUGUCGAGUUCAACCUUUUCUCCCAAAAAAUCUAUCAAGAUAAAAGAUUUGCUCACGCUUUCAAGGAAUAGAUUAGAAGAAACUCUACUAUAAAUCGUAGUAGUUGUAAAGAAGAAGAAAAUGAUGCUUUCUAAUGAAAAUUCGAGUUUACACGCGUAGAGAAGUACUAACGUUCAAUACAAAUUUAAGCGAAGUUUUCAUAUUAUGCAUAAAAAGUUCUAAUUAUACUACCACCCACUGUAUAUUGUAUCUAUUAACCUCUAUUGACGACACUCAACAAUCCCUCACGAACGGUGUGCGAUCGAAGGAUCCGCGGUGGAAGAUAAGAUGAUGUAGCCGCAUGAGAUGGUUACUAAGUACCUACUGCAAGGCUACGGCUACCAAUCCGAUGUUUGUUAAAUGUAGACGCAAUGAUCUGGAUCGUUGAUGUGAGAGAUAAAUAAAGGUGUUUUGUGAAACACCCCGCAGAUUGUAAACGGAA